AUGGCUCUUUAUUGGAGUCUCACACCCUUCCCCCAAGAUUCCUUUGCGGUCUUUGAAUCUGGAGAGAGCUAUGUGUGUGGCUCAAUAGAGCCCUUCAAGAAGCUGGAGUACACCAAGAACGUGAACCCCAACUGGUCCGUGAAUGUCAAGACCACCUCGGCUUCCCGGGCGGUGUCCUCACUGGCCACUGCCAAAGGGAGCCCUUCGGAGGUGCGGGAGAAUAAGGAUUUCAUUCGGCCCAAGCUGGUCACCAUCAUCCGAAGUGGGGUGAAGCCACGGAAGGCUGUCAGGAUUCUGCUGAACAAGAAAACCGCCCAUUCCUUUGAGCAGGUUCUCACUGAUAUAACUGAUGCCAUCAAGCUGGACUCGGGAGUGGUGAAGCGCCUAUAUACCCUGGAUGGGAAACAGGUAGGAGAGGUGUUGUGGUAUGACUUUGACUUUAUAGGAAAGAACCAGGGAGUUGGGGGAUCUAUGUGGCAUCGGGGUGGGUGGGGUGGAGGAGGGAAUGUGAAACACGCAUUUUGCUGAAGUUGAGGGAGUUGGGUCAUGUGGCCAACAAAUACGUAGCUGUUGGCCUCAAACCAGACCAAAGGUAGAGGUAGACAGGGUUAACCAUAGGAAUAAAGGAAAAUACCUGUCUCGGAAGCUUAAAUGAUUACUCACAGAUUUCUGUAUUU